AUGUGUACCGCGAUGAGUUACACAGCUUCUCAGGAGUCGGAUCUUUUUGAUGCCACCGUCUUCGAGGAAAUUGGCUCUCACGUAGAUUUAUCAAAUUUGCCGAUUCUGGAAAAUGAAGAGCAAGAAGUAAUGGAGAAAAAAUACCAAUUGAAUCCUACCCAGGAAAUGAACAAUUCUGGAGCGGGUCUAGCGAUUGACCCGCUGCAAUUUGGUCCGCUGUCCUCAGCACCAAUUAUUGAGGAAUUUCCUGGGAAAUAUAAUUUCGAGAUUCUUAUACCUCAGGGUAGAGGAAAAAGUAGUGUAUACUCCCAACUCUUGCGUAAAAUCUACAUCGACAUGGAACAACGGCAGCCAAUGAGGUUCCAGUGGUCACCACCAGUGGACAACCUAUACCUCCGCACAACCUUAGUCUACGCCGAAGACCGGUACCGAGGAGACCCAGUUCUGCGUUGCCACAACCACAUCGGAACAGACAGCCCAGCAAACAGGAACAUGUCAACAAUAAUCCUGAAGCAAGUAGUGCGUUGCAUCCACCCUCGCAGCUGCUACGAGGACAUCAACGGGCACAACUCCGUAACAAUUCCUCUGGGAACUCCUCAACCAGGUUGCAAUUACGUUCCUCUGGACUUCAUGUUCUAUUGCAAGAACAGCUGCUCCACUGGAAUGAACCGUCGCGCGACUCAGUUGGUCUUCACUUUAGAAACCGAGACAAGGGAAAUCGUCGGACGUCGUACAGUUGAAGUCCGAGUCUGCAGUUGUCCGAAGCGCGACAAGGAGAAAGAAGAAGAGACUUUUGCUUCUCGUGGGAAGAAACGCAAGAUGAAGAGGAUCCCUUCUCAUAAUAUCAAUAAUAUUAAUAUUAACACCAACGCUAGUCCUAAUAUCAAUACUAAUAAUAUUAAUUCCAUCAAUGGACUCCAAUCCCUCCCCUCUUUUGGCUCCUUGGUACCUCAACCACCUCCGGGAAAGAAACUCGCUCUUGCUAGGGACCAGUGCGUCAGUCUGAAUCUUAGGUUGCCUUCCAGGGAAAUCGCUAAAGCUGUCCUGGAAAGCGCUUAUAAUAUUCUCGCUGGAAGAGCUGCGCUUACUGGAGAUCACGCUUUUUUUUAUCCUUACAUGAAGGAAAUUCAGAAUACUAAUAAUUCUUUUGGGAAUGAUUAA